AUGAAGUAUCUCGAAAAAGAGAAAUUACUGAACGACUGUCAAUAUGGUUUUCGAAGUAAACGCUCCACGAAACUUGCUUCUACUUUAUUUUGCGACAGUAUUUGUCGCGAAAUAGAUGGCGGUAAGUUAGUUGGAGCAGUUUAUAUAGAUUUAUCGAAAGCUUUUGAUACGAUCGGACACUCAUUAUUAUUAAACAAGCUACGCACGUACGGAAUUAAAGGCAAGGAGCUAGCAUGGUUUACCGACUACUUAUUUAAUCGAAGUCAGUUAGUAGACAUUAACAAUAUUCGAUCCAGCUUCGAGCCAAUUUACUGCGGUGUUCACAAGGUUCCAUUUUGGGACCACUGCUUUUUAUAA